AUGGGAUGGGGAGAAGCGGCUCCAGCCUCUGGCAGCAGCGGGGCGGCACAGCGGGGCGAGGCAGGAGCGUGGCAUGUGAGGGGAAAGCCCCGCCGGAGCCCUCCGCCCGCUCCACAGCCCGCAGGCAGCCCUGCCCUCCCCGGGAAGGUUCUCUCGCCACGCCUGCUCCGGGGCAGCCCUUGGGAGGGCUCCGGGGUACUCGCCCACCUCCGGCUGAGAAGGGGGCGCGCCCAAACAGCAUCGAAUCCACACCUACGGGAGGACAGCGGCGUGGGAAGAGGGGGAGGGAAGACGGGGAGGACAUCGCAACUCUCAUGCCAGCCUCGCAGCCGGCUCUUCCUCCAGGAAGCGAAUCCCGGGCGUUCCCGGGGAGCUGUGCCCCAGCAGCUCCGAGGGGAUAAGGAUGAGACGCCUCCUCGGCCGCUCCGGCAGCGGCUGCAGCCCCGCGGCCAGAACCCGGCCCGUCCUGCCGCGCUGAGAGCAUCCAGCACCGGGGACAGAUCCCGGCCCGUCCGGAGCUCCGAGAGCAUCCAGCACCGGGGCCAGAGCCCGUCCGGAGCUCCGAGAGCAUCCAGCACCGGGGCCAGCGCCGUGUCUAGCCCCGAGGCCAGCGCAGUGUCCAGCCCGGUGUCCAGCGCCGUGUCCAGCCCGGUGUCCAGCCCGGUGUCCAGCCCGGUGUCCUGCCCGGUGUCCAGCCCGGUGUCCAGCCCGGGGUCCAGCCCGGUGUUCAGCCCGGUGUCCAGCCCGGUGUCCAGCCCGGUGUCCAGCCCGGUGUCCAGCCCGGUGUCCAGCCCGGUGUCCUGCCCGGUGUCCAGCCCGGUGUCCAGCCCCGCUGCCAUGGGCUGCCGCGCCCGCCCCGCACCCCGGCACUGAAGCGGAGCCAGCCC